UUCCUCCUGUUGUUCCUCCUGUUGAUCCUCCUCUUGUUCCUCCUUCAGGGUUAUCUGGUGAACUGGGACGUCCAGAGGAAAGUCUGGGAUCACCUGUUUGGAAAAGAGAUGUUUAAGGUGGACUUCUCAGACACCAGCAUCAUCAUCACUGAGCCGUACUUCAACUUCUCCUCCAUCCAGGAGUCGAUGAAUGAGAUCCUGUUUGAGGAGUACCAGUUCCAGUCGGUUCUCAGAAUAAACGCCGGCUCUCUGUCUGCUCAUCACUACUUCAGCUCUCAGCCCUCAGAGCUCUGCUGUCUGCUGGUGGACAGCGGCUUCUCCUUCACUCACAUCGCUCCUUACUGUCGCAGCAAGAAGAUGAAGGAGGGCAUCCGCAGGGUCAACGUAGGAGGGAAGCUGCUGACCAAUCACCUGAAGGAGAUCAUCUCGUAUCGGUGAGGUCACAUCACUCUGUUAUCUGAUUGGCCCUCAUGAAACAGCUGCUGUUUGAAUCUGUCACAGAGAAUCUCUCUCUCUCUCUCUCUCUCUC